UCCUCCCUCCCCAGACGAGCAAUAGCCUUUCUUUUAGCCUUUCCUCGCACCCGCCCCUGCAUUUACCAUUUUGCCCUCGCCGGCGGUGCCGACCACCCACCACCGCUUCCGGCGAAACAACCGCCUUUAAGAGCAAGUGGUAUCCCAUGGCAGCCAUAUCGUCGCUUCCCUUCGCGGCGCUGCGCGGAGCUUCCGACUGGAGGCCGUCGUCGACGGCGGCGGCCGUUCCCGGCGCCGUUGCGCUCAGCUUAAGGGCUCAGCGGAGCUCGCGCUCGGUGGUGCGCUGCGUCGCCACGGCGGGGGAUAUUCCACCUACUGUAGCAGAAACAAAGAUGACCUUCCUCAAGUCAUACAAGCGCCCUAUCCCAAGCAUUUAUAGUACAGUCCUACAAGAACUUUUGGUACAGCAACAUCUAAUGAGAUACAAAAAAACCUAUCAGUAUGAUCCUGUAUUUGCUCUUGGCUUUGUCACCGUCUAUGAUCAGCUCAUGGAAGGCUAUCCCAGCAACGAGAACAGGGAUUCCAUCUUCAAGGCAUAUAUAACAGCGUUAAAUGAGGACCCUGAGCAAUACAGAGCUGAUGCACAAAAGAUGGAAGAGUGGGCACGUUCCCAGAAUGGUAAUUCAUUAGUUGAGUUUUCUUCCAGAGAUGGAGAAAUAGAGGCCAUUCUGAAAGAUAUAUCAGAAAGGGCCAAGGGUAAGGGAAACUUCAGCUACAGCCGGUUCUUUGCGGUUGGCUUGUUCCGUUUGCUUGAGCUCGCAAAUGCAACAGAGCCAACAGUACUAGACAAGCUUUGCGCUGCUCUAAACAUCAAUAAAAGAAGUGUGGAUAGGGACCUUGAUGUUUACCGCAACAUACUCUCGAAAUUGGUUCAAGCCAAGGAACUUCUCAAGGAAUACGUGGAUCGGGAGAAGAAGAAGAGAGAAGAAAGAUCAGAAAUCCCCAAGCCGAACGAAGCUGUUACAAAAUUUGAUGGAAACCUUUAUUCCAUGAGGCAUUAGCUCAGCCUUUUGCAGAGAACUUCCCCUGAUAACAGAAUUAACAGUUACAUCUGGACUACGUUGAGAAACUGUCAAGGUUUCCCUUUCAUCACACAGACAUCUUUGGCUGCUCGUCGUGUGGUCUAGCAUUCUGCCGUACAAAAGGAUCCAGAUUAUUCUUAAUAUUGAACAAAUAUCUUGUACUUUCUCCUUUCUGUUUUCAAAUGUAUUCAUUAUCUUCGCUCGUUUGAAAUCAUAUGAAGAGGUUUGUGGGGAUCAAUGUUACUCAUAAGCUGAGAAAUAUAGCUUACUUGUUUUGUA